CGGAGCAUGCCGUUCCUCGCACGCAAACACACAACAUAAAUACUUGCAAAACGCAGUCAACUUAAUCUAUAUACCCUUCCUCGCUGUUUUCUCCCCAGCCGCGGGUGCCCGUGGCCACACUUGAGGGGAGACACAGAGCCCGGAGGAGAGAGAGAGAGAGAGGGAAAAGAGAGAGGGAGAGAGAGAGAGAGAAGGAGAGAGGCUUGUGCUGAUCAGAGUCUGCAGCCCUUCCCUGUUCUGCUGCUGCUGCUGCUGCUGCUGCUACAGUACGUGUGAAAGGCGGGGAGGGAGCGGAGGCAGAGCUGCUGUUUGUCUCUGAGACUCGGAGGGAAGAGGAGAGAGCUGUGAGCUGAGCAGAUCUGAGCCAGUCAGUCCUCUGGUAUGUGUCCAGUGUGAGCAGCCCUGUCCAGCCCCUGCGCACUUCUGCCGCUGUCUGAGCAGCAUCACACGCCAGGACUCAGGCAACACAAAACAGGAAUACCUGUGUCCACUGAAGCGUGUUGUGUAGAGGAGCAUGUUGUGACAGCCAUGUCUCUGGAGAUGGAGAAGACCAUCACCAAGCUGAUGUACGAUUUCCAGAGGAACUCCACCUCUGAUGAUGACUCUGGAUGUGCGCUGGAGGAAUAUGUCUGGGUUCCCCCCGGCCUCAGUCCUGAGCAGGUGCAUCAGUAUUAUAACUCCUUACCAGAAGAGAAGGUCCCGUACAUUAACAGCCCCGGAGAGAAAUAUCGCAUCAAACAACUGCUGCACCAGCUGCCACCACAUGACAAUGAGGUGCGUUAUUGUAAUGCACUGGACGAGGAAGAGAAACGAGAGCUCAAGCUCUUUAGUAACCAACGGAAGAAGGAUAACUUGGGAAGAGGAAACGUUCGCCCUUUUCCCCUCACCAUUAAUGGGGCCAUCUGUGAUAAGUGUGGUGGUCAGAUAAACGGAGGAGACAUUGUAGUUUUUGCUGCAAGGGCGGGUCACGGAAAAUGCUGGCAUCCUCACUGCUUUGUGUGCGGCACGUGUGAGGAACUGUUGGUAGAUCUCAUAUACUUCCACCAGGAUGGCAAGAUCUUCUGCGGCCGGCACCAUGCCGAGAGGCUGAAACCCCGCUGCUGUGCCUGUGAUGAGAUAAUCUUUGCUGAUGAGUGCACUGAGGCGGAGGGCAGACACUGGCACAUGAAGCAUUUCUGUUGCUACGAGUGCGAGACCACCCUCGGUGGCCAGCGCUACAUCAUGAAGGACGGACGGCCACACUGCUGCAACUGCUUUGAGUCCCUUUAUGCAGAGUACUGUGACGCUUGUGGAGAACACAUAGGCAUUGACCAAGGCCAGAUGACAUAUGAUGGGCAGCACUGGCACGCAACUGAGGAGUGUUUCUGCUGUGCUCGUUGCAAGCGCUCUCUGCUGGGCCGCCCCUUCCUGCCAAAGCAGGGGCAGAUCUUCUGCUCGCGAUCCUGUAGUGCUGGACAGGAUCCCGAGGAAUCUGACUCCUCAGACUCUGCCUUCCAAAGCGCUCGUUCCCGUGAGUCCCGCCACAGCACCAAGAUUGGGAAAAAGGAGCGCAGGAAUGCUGAGCAGGAUCGGCGCAGUGGCGAGGCCCGCCAGCCAGGUGCUCCGCCCAUGCCCGACCGUCUGUCUGCUGAAAUCGAUCCCCUGUCUGUUCAGAUGGACCGUUUAAGCCUCUCAUCCAGCCAGACUCCAAGCAGGACACCUAAUCGCACCCCCAGCCGCACUCCCAGCCGUGCCCCGAGCCUUAACCAGGUGUGGAUGAGCAGGGAUGACCCCUACAUCCCUGCUUCUUAUGAGGGCCCCCAGCGGGAUCCCUCCCCCACCCCUGCACCGAUACAUCUGAUAGGCCAGUGUAACGCCAGGCAAGGCUACAAUCCCAACGCAAACGCUCACCCACCAGCCCAGACUCCUGCCAACCCAGGGAAAAGGCCUGACUCCUGGGGGAAGGAACAGGGCAAUGCUAAGAGGACCCCUAUGGCCGCCCUCAGAGGCCAUUCCUUUAAUGAAAACUGGAUGCACCACAGCCAGGAUGAGUUCAGGCCCAACAAGCUGCGCACCCAGAUGAGCUUCAAUGAGAUGUCCAGCCAGAAUCAGGGCUUCUCUGACAAGAGGAGCAUCAGUCUGCAUGGAUUCCAGAGAGACGGCAGACCCCCGCUGACCAGGAGGAACCCCAUCAAUGCCAUGAGCUUCAAUGAGCCCCUCACUCCUCUAGAACAAACCCCUCGUGGAUCCAUGGACUCCCUCACGAUGUCCAAUGCUACAGCAGGUAACUCUCUGGAUGGGGGCAGUAAGCGUCAGGAGCACCUGUCACGGUUCUCCAUGCCUGACCUGAGCAAGGACUCGGGUGUUAAUGUAUCUGAAAAGAGCAACAUGGGCACUCUCAGCUCCUCAGUCCAGUUCCACAGCACAGAGUCACUGUCCUCCUCUCGCCCUUACAACAACAACAACAUGUACGCUCCACUGAGAGUUGGCUACCCACUGCAGUACUGGGACGGCCCUCAGCCGCUAGGCUUCGAUGACAAAGGCCGUGUCGGAGUGAUGGGUAGCAGCGGAAACCUGCGGAUGGCUCCCAUGAGCGACAGAAUGCCUCGCAGGCGCAUAAGCGGGCAGGAGCCUGUGUCCCAGCAACAGCCGCCACAGCCAAGACGUCGCAAACACCACCGCGGAAACAAUGGGAGCGGGCAGCACCGCAGCGGCCGCCACCACAAACGCUCUCGCCGCUCUCGCUCCGAUAAUGCCUUGCACCUGGUGGCAGACAGGCCCGCACAAAUGGUGGAGCUGCCGUACCGCCGCGUUCAGGAGGAUUAUGAUCGCUUCCCAUCUGGUCACGCUGCCCGGGAGUUGUUCGGCCUGGAACCAGGCGGGUACAGGCAACAGCCUCACCGGCCCUGCCCCCGCACCACUUCAGAUCUCACACUGCAAAAUGCUGGCUGGCAGCCUGUGGGGCUGGGUGGUCCAUGCUGGGGCGACGGGUACAUGGAGGCUGCUGACCCCUGGUGCUCCAGCUGCUCCUCUUCCUCCGAGUCUGAGGGAGAUGAGGGUUAUUUCCUGGGCGAACCAAUCCCUCGACCCGUGCAGCUGUGCUACAUCAACAACGAGGAGCUGCGCCAUCGCUACAGCCCCUCUGGGAUAGGUGGCCAUCAUGGACCUCUGCACGGACCGAUUCAUGGCCAGCUGCACACCCGCCAGAGGAGGAAGAGCAAAAACUGCAUAAUUUCCUAGAUAUAGAUCAAGGGGAUGGGGAGGGAAGUGCAUGAGAGUGAAAGAGAUGAGAGAGAAAGGUAAGGAGACAGUUAAAGCAGCAGAGAGGAGGAACAGAGGGAGUGGGAAGGUGAGAGUGAGACGGUUGAGAGUGAAUAGAGAUUUUGUAUGAUUGUGUGAGUGUGUGUGUGUGUGUGU